GCGGCCGCAACAGGCGCCAGAUGCUGAACGCCGCUCUGCAGGCUGUCACCAUGGGUGGUGCUCUGCUGGCGACGGGCUUGGUUGCCACCAUGGCCUUCAAGCGUUUCUCUCGGUAGAUGCGCUUCUUGCUUCGAACUUUCUUUCUUUCCUUCCCCCUUUGCAGCAUGCGCUGGGCGCCAAUGCUGCUGGUCGAUGCUUUAUUUUCCCUUAAUUAUUCCCAAAAUUGCUUUUCUCAUGUUGAUAUAUACCGAUGAACGUACCGCCUUCUCAGGGGUAUUUGUUGCUAAUAUUGGGUGCACUGAUGUUCUGCUAUUUCCUUGGCUCUUGGCUGGGUUUCUCGCUCUAUGGCUUACAGUGGGGGGGACAUUUCUGGGCUAUGUUGGUUAGACUUGUUGCGCAGGGACCGGUCAUGGAUUCUUGUUGCCUGGCGUGGAUGGAGUCGACGAGAG